GCGGACAUGCCCAAGCGGGGCUGCCCCUUCGGGGACGCAGCCCCGCUGCAGCUCAAGGUCCGCGUGGGCCCGAAGGAGCUGAGCCGCGGCGUGUGCGGCGAGCGCCACUCCCGGGAGGUCUUCGAGAGGACCAGGCAGCUCCUGUUCCGCGGGGCCCAGGCCUGCAUGGACCCCAUGUGCGAUGAAGCCUCGCCAGAGGACUGCACCCUCGUCCACCUGCCCGAGUCCCCGAAGCCCAGCCCCACGGGUGUCCCAGGGCUCACCAGCGGGCAGAUGCUGAUCGGGCCGGGCGGCCGCCUGCUAAGAAGCUGCGUCCAGGCCUCGGGGGCUGACCCGUCGGAGGCAGCGCCCAGGGCCUGCUCCUCGUGUGUCCGCAGUGCGGACGGGAAGGCAGCCUGCGGCCGGUGCGAGCGCCCCCUGUGUGGGCGGUGUGUGCGCACCUGCUGGAGCUGCAGCACCGUGGCCUGCGCCCUGUGCUCCGCCAUCGACUACAGCGACAUUCACGAGAAGGCGCUCUGCACCAGCUGCGCAGUGUUUGAAGCGUGAGGCUGCUCCGGACGGGCUCUGCGGUGACCGGCCCCCAUGCCGAGAAUACAGAACUGUGGGGCGAGCGGGGUGGGGGGGUUUAUAUUUUAUAUUUUGUACUCCGAAUGUCAAAAGU